GGAAGGAACAUUGGCGCAUUGGUUUGUUUGAAGCAGCCGCGUCUUCUUUGUGCCUCGACCCUCACCCUCGACCCUCCAACUUGAGUUGUCUCGUUGUCAUAUUAAAGUAUCUGCAGGUGGCUGUUCGUCCCGUCCCUUCUCUUUCUCUCACCCACCUCUCUCUCUCUCACCUCGACCUCUCCUUUGUGCUCUUGUUCGCACUACACUAGGACCGCUCACUAGUUAUCCACUCACUUAACCUUUACGUAGUAUAUCUCCCACUACUACUCUACCACACUACCACACUAGCACUUCCACUAGCACACCAUGGCUUUGAGACCAGCCCUGAUAACGAGAGGCUUGUCAGCAGCUUCGGGCCCCAGUGAUACUGGCUCGCCCGCCGAGCAGAGAGAUGAUGCCAAGAUGAAUAUGCUAAGGGCCAUGCGUCUCCCUUUUACGCAUGUGUGGAAUAUCUAUGUCGAUAGGUGAGUUGGGUGGUGUGACAGUCUCUAGUGGAGCCAAGAGAGCCAACUGACAUUCUUCUCAGACCCCAAAAGGAGCAACAGAAAGCGGCAGAUGGAACCUACCAAGCGACCCUGGAGACUCUCAUCCAGAUUAGCUCGGUACAAGCUUUCUGGCAGUACAACAACAACUUCCCCAUUGAGAAUUUGAAGAUGCGGGAGUCUGUCUACCUAUUUAAGCAAGGCUUUGUCCCUGUUUGGGAAGACAGAAGAAACAUAAAGGGCGGCAGUUACACAUUCCGUGUGCCAAAAGAAAAUGGCCCGGAUUUCUGGACCAGAGUGCAACUCAUGGCUAUUGGAGAAAAACUGCAAGAUGCAUUAGAUAGCACCAAGACCGGUAUGUUCCUUCGCUAAUUUCUAGGGACCAAUAUUGGCCGAACAAGUAGAACUAUACUAACAUUCGUCAUAGGAGACCAAAUAUGCGGGGUUGGUCUCUCUGUUCGAUUCAACGCCCACUUGAUUUCCAUCUGGCAUCGUGAUGCCUCAGACACAAAGGCAGAGGAAGCAUUAUUGAAAGUUGUCUUGGACGAGCUCCCAGCCGAGCUUAGACCCAAGGACAGCAACUACUUCCACAAGAAGCAUUCGGACCAUGCUGGUUUCAAAGCUCCUGCCACAGAGACCAAGAGCAUUCCAGUUCCAACAAUUAAUGCUCCUACACCAUAGUUUCUGAAAAAAGGAAUUAGAACGUAGUGCUUUUGAUUGGGAUUUACAAAUGGUUUAGAUUGAUGUGCUGAAAUGCUCAAUCCUACUGUGGAACCGGAACUUAAUGUUUACGUAUUGCCAUGACUGCUUCGGAUUUUCUUUGUCACUUGCGUGUCUGAGGGAAUAUGACAGCCGGGAAAAGAUUAGUUGCUGCUGCAUUUACGAGGAAAACUUGGGCAAGGAUUUUGUCACAUUUAUGCAUAG